AUGCCGACACUGUCUGCGUUCUCUCUGCAGAGCUCCUGUGACAGGGAGUCCGUGCUGACCAUCCUGAGGGUCCUGGCAGAUCUGCUCUCUGUCGGCACAGACCGGAGGAUCCACUACCUGAUCAGCAAGGGUGGCAGUGAAGCCCUUCUGCGGACCCUGGUGGACACGGCGAGGACAGACCCCCCCGACUACGAUGUCCUCCUGCCUCUCUUCCGGCUGCUGGCCAAAGUCGGCCUGAGAGACAAAAAAAUUGGACAGAAGGCACUGGAACUGGAAGCACUUGAUGUGACGCUGAUUCUGGCCAGGAAAAGCCUGUCCCACAGCCAGAACCUCCUGCACUGUCUCUGGGCGCUGCGCGUGUUUGCCACCCGUGUGACCACGGGGGCCAUGCUGGGCAUCAACGGAGCCAUGGAGCUGCUUCUCAAGGUCAUCCCUCCUUACACCCACAGGCACACGCGGACCAUCAGGGUAGCCACGGAAGUCCUGGCCAUGCUGCUGAGAUCCAAGUCCAACAGCCGCCGGGCGGUGAACCAGGGCUACGUCGCCAGCCUGCUCAGGCUGCACCAGGACUGGCACAGCCACGACGCGGCCGCCGCCUGCGUGCCGAUCCGCCGGGGCCUGCUGCUCUGCCUCAGGAACGUCACCACCGUCCGCUCCGGCAGGGAGGCCUUCCUGGCGGCGGGGGGCAUGGAGCUCCUCUUCAGCCACGCACAGAGCCACCUGGAGGACAGCAGCGUGGAGCCCGUGGUCUCGGCCAUGCUUCAGAUCCUGCGACAGUGCUGCCCGAGGAGCCCCCUGCCCCUGGCCACAGCCAGCUGCGCCUAUGCCGCCCCAGCCCCUGGGAGCGUCACCCCCGCCCCUCCGCCGGCUCUGACGGACGAGGAGUUUGAAGAUGACAGCGACGAAGAGCUUGACAAGGACUUGGAUCCUGAAGACGUGAAAGAGGACGAUGACCUGGAAACAGAUGUGGACAAGCUGACCGCCAAACCUGGCCUAGACCGGCCAGAAGAGGAGCUGUUGCAGUAUGAGGCGAUGUGUCCUGAGCUCUCCUGUGGCUUCGAGGAACUGGAGUCCCAGUCUGGAGAUGACCUGAACUCUGGAUGUGCCAAUCACCAGCACAUUCCGACUGCCGCCUCCCCCAAGCCGCGUUGCGUGGGUCAGGACCAAGGCUCCCAGGAGCGAGAAAGGGAAGACACCAUCCAGGCUUCGCUUCUGAGGAUGGUGAAGACGGCGGGGGCCAGGAGAAGACCUGCCACGACCCUGCACCCAGCUGGACAAGCCAACGGCCUUGGGACGGCCUCUCCUGGAAAUGAAAGCCCCGGCAUUCAGACUCCCCUCGAAGAGGAUGCUCGGGACCUGGGAGCGGUCUCUUGCGCACGGCUGAGCGCUCUCCUCUGCACUGCGGCUAGAUCCGGAGACACGGCCGACGUGCUGGAGGAGCUCCUGAAGUCACACCCCACGCACGUGCCUUUCCACGAUCCCCAUCUUUACGUGGCCAAAGCCAAAGGGACCAGAUCUGUGGUGGACUUCGAGAUGCUGGCCUUUCCCGAUCUCUGGGGACACCGCCCACCUCCCUCUGCCCAGUCCAUGUUGGAGCGCAAAUGCGGCAUCCAAAGGAUCAAGAUCCUGGAGGAUGUCCGGAGGCUGAUCCAGCCUAGUGAUGUCCUAAAUAAAGUGGUCUUCAGUUUGGAUGAGCCUGGGCUUUUACAGGACACUGAUUCCAACAGCUUGAGGUUCUUCUCCAAGUUUGAGUCAGGAAAUCUCCGCAAAGCCAUCCAAGUGCGGGAGUGUGAGUACGACCUGCUGAUCAACGCCGACGUCAGCAGCUCCCAGCACCAGCAGUGGUUCUACUUCCAGGUGAGCCGGAUGAGGGCUGCCACCCCGUACCGCUUCAACAUCAUCAACUGUGAGAAGCCCAACAGCCAGUUCAAUUACGGGAUGCAGCCGACUCUGUACUCCAUGAAGGAGGCCCUCCUCGGCAGACCCACCUGGGUGCGGGCGGGCUCGGAGAUCUGCUACUACAGGAAUCGCUACGUGCAGCCUGUGGCUGGUGCCGGCGGCGCACGCGACAAGUGCUACUACACGCUCACCUUCUCCAUCACCUUCCCGCACGGCGAGGAUGUCUGCUACGUGGCCUACCACUACCCCUACACCUACACGGCCCUCAUGACUCACCUGGACCUGCUGGAAAGAAGCGUCGACCGCAGGCAGGUCUACUUCCGGCAGGAGGUCCUCUGCCACACGCUGGGAGGGAACCCGUGUCCCCUGGUGACCGUCACCGCCAUGCCCGCGUCCAGCAGCCCUGACCACCUGGAGCAGUUCCGACAUCGUCCCUACCAGGUGAUCACUGCCCGGGUCCACCCAGGGGAGAGCAACGCCAGCUGGGUGAUGAAGGGGGCCCUGGAGUUCCUGGUCAGCAGGGCCCCCACUGCGAGGCUGCUGAGGGAGGCCUUCAUCUUCAAGAUCAUCCCCAUGCUCAACCCAGACGGCGUCGUCAGCGGCAAUCACAGGUGCUCGCUGUGGGGGGAAGACCUGAACAGGCAGUGGCUGUCUCCCACGGCUCAGCGGCAGCCCACCGUGUACCACGCCAAAGGCCUCCUCCACUACCUGGGCAGCGUCGGCCGGCGUCCCGUGGUCUUCUGCGAUUUCCACGGCCACUCUCAGAAGAAGAACGUGUUCCUUUACGGGUGCAGCAUCAAGGAGACCCUGUGGCAGGCAGCGUGCACGGUGGGCACCGCUCAUCUCUCGGAGGACGUCAGCUACAGAAUUCUCCCCAAAAUCCUCGCUAAGCUGGCGCCGGCAUUCACCAUGAGCAGCUGCAGCUUCCUCGUGGAGAAGUCCCGAGCCUCCACGGCCCGCGUGGUGGUGUGGAGGGAGAUGGGGGUGUCUCGGAGCUACACCAUGGAGAGCAGCUUCUGCGGCUGCAACCAGGGCCGCUACCAGGGUCUGCAGUUUGGAACGAGCGAGCUGGAGGAGAUGGGCGCCAUGUUCUGCCUGGGCCUCCUCAUCCUGGAGUUCAAGUCCGCAAGCUGCCACCACCAGCUCCUGGCCAGAGCCGCAGCGGUGCUGAACGCCCAGGACGGCGCUCUGGACUUCCCCCUGCAGCGGUGCAGCACUGGCAGCGGCACGGCGGAGCUGGACGACGAGCCGCCCUGCACGGAGGAGAUCGAGUACAGCGUGGGCAGCGGCUCGGACCCGGACGCCAGCUUCGCUGAGCUCGACCGGCAGAUCCAGGCCUGUGCCUUCGACGUGGACGAGGGAGCCGAAGCGGAGCAGGAGGGUCCUGAGUGGAGAAGAAAAGGCAUCCCGUAGCCUGCGCCCACGGAGCUGUGCGGCACUGCUUCUCGCCGUCCACGCGCACAACGUCCACGUCGGCAGAGCCCUGCCGAGCGCUCAGCACCCCUCUCCCGGUUCCCUCCAGUUUCUCUUUGCCCACAGCCUGGCUGCUCCGUCUCUGCGGCAUCGCGCAUGCAGCGUGCAGGCGGCUUUGUGCUUAUGUUGGAGCUUGCGGGGGACCCCAGGCUGCCGGGUUC